UGAAGAUUUCUCAGUUCGACCCAAUUUUGUAAUUUUUGCUAUUAAUUCUUGGAUCAGGGUUUCUUCCACAGUUCCGUUGAAGGCGACGGCAGCCAUGGACAACCAAGGCGAACUUCUAUGCGAGGCCGCGAGGAACGGAGUUCUUGAUAAGUUGAGAGCUCUGAUUGACUCAGGAGCUGAUGUCUCCUACUUCGACAGCGAUGGCAUCACUCCGCUCAUGCACUCGGCACGCCUCGGGCACGCCGAGGUGGUCAAGGUGCUUCUUGAAGCUGGGGCGCCGUGGAACGCGCUCUCUCCCUCAAAUCUUUCUGCGGGAGAUUUCGCCAUGGAAUUCGGGCAUCAAGAAGUAUUCGAAAUACUUCUCAAUGCAGGAAUUCAGGCUGAGUUGAUCUUAGGAACCAUUGCGCGGAAAGAAAAUAAAAAUGGCGACUCUAGUGGGGACUACUUGGAGGAUAGGAUCUCAUUUAGUGAGGAUAAGCUGAUGGACUCUGAUAGCAAGGCUAUUAUGAUGGCAUGGGAGAAGCCGUUGAUGGAGGCUCAUGCAAAAGCUGUUUGUUCAGGGGGUGGCCAUAUAUUGAACAUUGGGUUUGGCAUGGGUCUUGUGGAUACAGCCAUUCAGCAAUACUCUCCAGCUACACACACAAUUGUUGAGGCACACCCAGAAGUUUAUGAACGUAUGCUUCAUAGUGGUUGGGGUGAGAAAAAUAAUGUGAAGAUAAUAUUUGGCCGUUGGCAGGACGUUCUUUCUCAACUUGGAUCUUACGAUGGUAUUUUCUUUGACACAUAUGGAGAGUACUAUGAAGACCUGAGAGAGUUCCACCAACAACUUCCAAAGCUAUUGAAGUCCGGGGGGAUUUACUCAUUCUUCAAUGGCCUUUGUGGUGGUAAUGCUUUCUUCCAUGUUGUUUACUGUCAUUUAGUUUCUCUAGAAUUAGAGAAUUUGGGGUACUCCACACAACUAAUUCCCUUGCCUGUUAAGGAUUGUUUGGGAGAAGAAGUGUGGGAUGGUGUGAGGCACAAAUAUUGGCAGCUUGAUACAUACUACCUUCCUGUCUCUCAGUCUAUACGGGAUUCUGACUGAUUUUUGAAUUUAUCGUAUAACAGAUUAUUGUUCAUUUCCUGAGUUUGUUAUUGUUGGACAGUACUGAAGAUGUUUUUUCUUCUAUUUAUUGUUACUAGAUAGUUUAGAGUUGGAUGUUACUGAUUCA